UUAGAAUAUAAGAAUAAUCAAAACUUGAUCUACAAAAGGUAUUUAAAUAUUAAUUGAUAAAUAAGUACCAUUAGUUUAAUAUCAUAUGAUGACUAGAUCAAAGAAAUAAAUACGUUUGAUUUUCAUCAUCUCUUUUUUAAUGAGUCAAUCAUUUGUUUUCACGUCCUAAAAUUUAUAAAUGUGAUCUCAACAUUUCUUGCAAUGGUACCCAAGAACUCACCUAAUAACCUUUCUUUAGGUCUUAUAGAUCAUUUACUUAUGCCUAAUAGAACUACAAUGUGUUCUCUAGUGGUAAACUUCAUACAUUAGUUAGAUAAGUAUAAUAUCUUUAUACAAAUAAUAUAUUAUAAAAUUAUGACAAUGUUUAAAAUAUAAUAUAAUAAUUGAUAAAUAUAUAUAAAGUCAUUUUUAAAGCAUUCCUUGGGAAUAUUGAUUCUGAUCGAUGGUUGAACUUGAAUCUGUUUAUGAGUAUUUUCUUGUCUUCUGUUGUUAAGUCUGGGUUUUAGCCAAGCACAAGUACAAACAUCUUCCCUAUCAACUGAAAAUGUUAAAUGUGAAUGCAAGUUAUGCACUAAAGUGGUAAACAUCAAGAUAUGGUUCUUUUAUGAUCAUUGUCCGUGAGACAUGUAUGAAAAGUAUAUUUUGCUAGAGUGACAUCAUGAAUUCAUGUUGGAUGCACAGUUUUCUUUUGUUGGCUUUAGUAUAUUUAUAAUACAAUUACUUGUACUUGUAUGAGGUGCAUCUAAUAAUACGUCUGUUGGAGUUAUUCUACUGAUUUCCAUUUCGAGACCAUCACACAGGUACGGGAAAGUUGCAUGUGUGCCACAGAAGGCAGUAGAUCAAUGCUUAUGAAUCCAGGUAUGAUAAUAUUAAAUCCACUGCUCACAAUGUGUUUUUACUCAGUAGCAAAGGGUGACUAUAACUAUGUAUUCCAAGAACACAGCAACACCAUGAUACAUCUGCAGAAAAAGUUUUAAAGAUUUUUGUACUUUGCUGCAAGAUGACAGAGUAGCUGAAACAAAAUGGCUUAGAGAACUCACAACUGUUAGCAGCAGGGGAAGAAGUGUUAAGUGGAUUGAACUUAAAAUGCACAGUUCUCCUUUUGUUAGGGUGAACACGAUUUAUACCCAAAGAAAGAUUUCUAGCUGUACUCUUAAGAGAGGAUGGGAAGCACACACCCAAAGGAUAAGAAGCUUUUUAAUGGAAAUAAGAAUGUCAUCCAAAGCGAUCUCUAGAUCAACCUUUAUUUGUACUGCCCGAGUCAAUAUGGUAUGGGUGAUACGCAUUGGUCUAACUGGCAAUUGAGAUGUGGAUGGUUUGAGUCCUUGUCGGCAUGCUCUAACUUAUUGUGUCGGUAUAUCGAUAUAUAUUGGUAUGUAUCGAUUUGAUAAAUCUUCUAGAUGGGUCUAGCCCAUGAAAUGAUGAACCUUGAUUGAGAUUUUAUGAUUUUGUUAUUGUUGUCAAAUAAUAUCUUUGCCCGUUGUCCACCUACUUAGUUUUGAAUUCAUGAUUCAAUCCAUCAAAUUGACCUGGCUCAACCAUCUUGACUUAACCUCGGGCCAAGCUAUCGGAUCAGGUCCGAAUCAGAAGCCCAAUCUAUUUGUAGGCCUUACAGCAUUGAUUCUUCGUCCAUCUCCUUAGAUCCAAUAUGCUGAAAGGCACAUGCAAGAGCAUCAAGAACUAUAAAUGCGAAUGCUGCACCCAACUAAGAUGGAUUGGGAAAUCAAGUGUUAUUGGAAUGCGCACUCAGUGGGAGGGCAGAAGAAGAAGCUGACUUUUCCUCAAGCUGGACCAGAAUCUAACCGGGAAAGACAUGGCCAUACAACAAAGACAUGUAGUAGUACUGUGGCAUCUGCUUGUCCCAAAAGCCAUUCUUUCCAAUGCCAAAGUGCGACAACAAAGUCAACAAAGUGAUUUUGAAUGCUCUGGAGCUUUAGGCGCAUCUGAUACGAACGCACUCAAUCAAGAAUUACUGUCAUAUGUCAUCACCCAGGAGAGAGAGAGAGAGAGAGAAUUAUAUGGUGCUAAUUUAACCGAACCGUUGGUAUGGGAUAUCAUUGGCACUACAGACACACGUCAAUGCUACGAUACGUGGAGCACUACAGACAUCUUGUUAAACACCACAAACUUAGUCUGAAGCUAAACCACAGAGAUCAUCAUGUGUGUGUCUCACAAAGAGAGAGAGAGAGAGAGAGAGAGUAAUUUGGGGCAGGUAAUUCUCCGCAAAAGCAGCGCUGGUGACUUCUAUAAUUUGGUUGCUUAGACCGAAUCCAUACAUGCCGAGCCUCUAGAUAAAGACCAGGAAAACAAGAAACACACAACGAAAGCAGUGUGUCAAAGGAGAGAAGCAUUGAAAGCAGCUGUGAUCUACGUUCUCCUUCAUCUCAGGGUGUGUGCAGAAGAGAGAUCGGAGGACCGAAGAGAAGGUGGUGGACACGCAGCUUGUUCAGGUCUGAUGGCCAGAGACAAUACUGGGUCUCCCAAGAUCCAUCAGCUGGAUUCGAACAGAUGGAGCGUCACCUACGUCUUGGUCGUCGUCGGUCUCUGCAUCACGUUCUACAUCCUUGGAGCUUGGCAGAACACCACUCCGCCCACCCUCGACCCCACCUCCAACCUGGCCACCAAUGCCGGAUGCGACUGUCCCUGUCUGCGCCCCGGUGGCUCGUCAUCCACCAAUGCGGUUCUCGAUUUCGACGCUCACCACGAGUCGAACCUCAACGUGACGCCGGCGACGAACGACAAGUUUCCGCCUUGUGACCUAAACUUCAGCGAGUACACGCCUUGCCACGAUCGAACCAGGGGAAGGAGGUUCGAGAGGGCGAUGCUGGUGUACCGGGAGCGGCACUGCCCCGGCAACGACGAGCUCAUCCGGUGUCUCAUCCCUGCUCCGCCCAAGUACAAGACGCCAUUCAAGUGGCCGCAGAGCAGAGACUACGCCUGGUACGACAACAUCCCCCACAAGGAGCUCAGCAUCGAGAAGGCCGUGCAGAACUGGAUCCAGGUGGACGGCGACCGGUUCAGGUUCCCCGGCGGCGGCACCAUGUUCCCACGCGGUGCCGACGCUUACAUCGACGACAUAAAUGCGCUCAUCUCCCUGACCGACGGCAGCAUCAGGACCGCCAUCGACACGGGCUGCGGAGUCGCCAGUUGGGGUGCAUAUCUUUUGAGGAGGGACAUCGUGACGAUGUCGUUCGCCCCGAGAGACACACAUGAAGCGCAGGUGCAGUUCGCUCUGGAGCGCGGAGUUCCGGCCAUGAUCGGAGUUAUGGCCACGCAGAGGCUGCCGUAUCCCGCUCGAGCUUUCGACAUGGCUCACUGUUCCCGGUGUCUGAUUCCUUGGCACGCUUUCGAUGGUCUGUAUCUGAUCGAGGUGGAUCGAGUUCUAAGACCAGGAGGGUUCUGGAUUCUGUCCGGUCCUCCAAUCCACUGGAAGAAGUACUACCAAGGCUGGGAAAGAACUCAAGAAGACCUCAAGAACGAGCAGGACUCGAUCGAGGAAGUCGCGAAGCGGCUGUGCUGGAAGAAAUAUAUCGAGAAGGAGGAUCUCGCGAUCUGGCAGAAGCCAUUCAACCACAUGGAAUGCAUCGAAAGCCGAAAGAUCUACGAGACGACGCCCCAGAUUUGCAAGAAGGACAACGCCGAUGCUGGCUGGUACAAGAAGAUGGAGGCCUGCAUAACCCCAAUGCCGGAGGUGAGCAGCCCAGAUGAAGUCGCAGGCGAGGUGCUCGAGAAAUGGCCCGAGAGGGCAUUCGCCGUCCCGCCGAGAAUAAGCAGGGGCACAAUCCCCGGGCUGGACUCCAGGAAAUUCGAAGAAGACAACGCGAUGUGGAAGGAGCGGGUGACACACUACAAGAAGAUCAUCCUGCCGUUGCCCAAAGGGCGGUACCGGAACGUGAUGGACAUGAACGCCAACUUGGGUGGAUUCGCGGCGGCUCUGGUGAAGUAUCCCGUGUGGGUGAUGAACGUGGUGCCUGCAAGCUCCAACCAAGACACCCUCGGCGUCAUCUACGAGCGGGGAUUCAUCGGAACGUAUCAGGACUGGUGUGAGGCCUUCUCCACUUAUCCUCGGACGUACGACCUCAUCCACGCCGACGGUGUCUUCAGCAUCUAUCAGGACAGGUGCGACAUUACCUACAUCCUCCUGGAGAUGGACAGGAUACUGAGGCCGGAGGGGACGGUGAUCGUUCGCGACACGGUGGAGGUGCUCACCAAGGUGCAGGCGAUCACAGAUGGGAUGAGAUGGAACAACCAGAUCAUCGACCAUGAAAGCGGACCUUUCAACCCGGAGAAGAUACUGGUGGCGGUCAAGACUUACUGGACUGCUGACCCCUCCACGCAGCAGUAGCUGCCGAGAGAUCUUUCCUUUGUCGCUCUGUUUUUUUUUUUGUGUAUGCUCUAAUUUGUAUUUUAGGUUGUGCGCUCUUUGGAUUGCAUCUCAAUUUUGCUCACCGGAGACUCUUUGAGAUGGUCGGUGAUAGGUAGAGAAGAAGUGCAGGGUUAUGCAACCUGUGACAUUGUCUGGGUGUCAACAAUCAGAAUGGUUGUGUAAACUAUAUUCCUACUGAAUGUUGGUGUUGCCAUUAUAGAACAAACAGUGUGGGUGUGGAUUCUGCUUUCAA